UGAGCGAGAGACACCAUGAAGGCGUCCGGCACACUUCGGGAGUACAAAGUCGUGGGGCGUUGCUGCCCUCUGCCAAGAACCCGGCCCCCCCCUCUGUACCGCAUGAGGAUCUUCGCCCCUAACCACGUUGUGGCCAAGUCUCGCUUCUGGUACUUCGUCUCCCAGCUGAGGAAGAUGAAGAAGGCCUCCGGAGAGACCGUCUACUGUGGACUGGUCCACGAGAAAACCCCUCUGAAGGUGAAGAACUUUGGCAUCUGGCUGCGUUACGACUCUCGUAGCGGCACCCACAACAUGUACAGAGAGUACCGAGACCUGACCACCUCUGGAGCCGUCACCCAGUGCUACCGUGAUAUGGGAGCUCGCCAUCGUGCCCGCGCUCACUCCAUCCAGAUCAUGAAGGUCCAAGUCAUCGCUGCCAACAAAUGUCGCAGACCUGCCAUCAAGCAGUUCCACGACUCUAAGAUCAAGUUCCCGCUGCCCCACCGGGUCCUGCGUCGCCAGCACAAACCUCGCUUCACCACCAAGAGACCAAACACCUUCUUCUAAAAGCAGUUUUUCACUUUGUGCGAGGAAAAAUAAAAAUGAUCGAGUUGAAAUAAA